AAUUGUCAAGACUGUCAAACAUAUGAUAUUGGAAAAAAUCAAAAAUUGUUAAAUUGGAAAAUGCUCUGCAAAAUUGUAAAUAUUUUAGAUUGUGAAGGUUUUGUGAUGGUUUGCAAAUACUAAAUAGUUCCUAUAAUAUUACAGUACAUGGUGUUGGAAUAUAUGUUAAUGAAUUAAGUUUAAUAGGUGAAAUAUAUACUUGCUCUGUAUUUGGUUCUCUCCAAGAUAACUCCUUAUAAACUAAAUUCUACUGGAUUUUUUAGCUGAACUGAACUCGCUUUAUUUUUCCUCUCAUCAUUAUAAUCUUUAUUUUCAAGCUAUCCCUGACGCCGUUUUUUUCGAUCGUAUCGUAUUAUUCUAUCGUGAAUAUAAGUUUAUAAUAACUUCCCAACCUCUGUUCCCAACUAAAUAACGUUAACAUAUGGGUGAUUCUGUCCUAAUUUUUGUUAACAGAAAUCUUUUGUUAGUUUUACAGACGUCUGUUAAUUAUAAUAGAGGAACCCGUUUCUAUGCAAUUACAAGACUGUAAAGUUUAAAAAUAUUAGGGCAAUGGAAUUGAAUGAAUCCCAGGCAAAGGUUUAUAGAUGUGCCACAUGUCCCUACCAAGCACGAUAUAGAUCUAAACUUAGACAACAUGAGCAAAUUCACUUGGCACCGGAGGAGCGACAGAUGUUUGCUUGUACAUACUGUGCCACAAAAUUUACGGCAAAAAACAGCCUACAACGCCACCUUGAGAAUAAGCAUAUGGAUUCUAGGGCGGGGGAAUUGAAUAAUUCGCAGAAAGAGGUCUACGGAUGUGGUACAUGUGGCUUACAAACACUAUAUAGGUCAAAUCUUAGACGACACAAGAAAGUUCACUUGACACCGGAAGAACCACAGAUGUUUGCGUGUACACACUGUGACCAAAAAUAUAUAACAAAACACGACUUAGAAAAUCACCUUGAGGAUAAUCAUAUGGAUUCCAGCCCAACAGAUACUGCUCUUAAUAAUGAAUCAAUAAGUGUGGAACAUGUUAAACAAGAAAAUAAUAUUUUAGAAGAAGAUAUAAAUGGAUCAUCAGAUAACAAGCUUGAACUUUCAAAGGAUGCACAGAAAAAUAUCCGUAAGUGUACCAUUUGUGGCUACCAAACACGAAAAAUAUCACACUUUGAACGACACCAGGAAGUUCACAUGGCACCUGAAGAACGACAGAUGUUUCCUUGCGCGCAGUGUGGCAAAAAGUAUGCGUCAAAAGAAGCCCUCAAACGUCACCUUUUGUGUACUCAUAUGGAUUUCAGGUCAGAGGAUGCGCAGAAAAAUAUCCAUCAAUGUACCAUUUGUGGCUACCAAACACUAGAAAUAUCACACUUGGGACGACACCAGAAAAUCCAUUUGACACCAGAAGAACGACAGAUGUUUGCCUGUGCGCAUUGUGGCAAGAAAUAUACAACAAAAUAUAUAUUAAAAUGUCACCUUGCGGUUAAUCAUCUUGAUUCUAGGCCAAAGGGAUUGCAGAAAAAGGUUUAUAGAUGUGCAUUAUGUGACUAUGAAACACUACGUAGCGCAUGUCUUAGACAACACAAGAAAGUUCACUUGGCACCGGGAGAACGACAGAUGUUUGCCUGUGAGCUGUGUGACAAGAAAUAUACAUCAAAUAGGAAUUUACAAGACCACAUCAGGCGUAGGCAUAUUAAUUCCAGAAAUGCUGGUUGUACGUCGCCAAAUUAUGAAGUGGUAUUAGAUUCUUUAAAAAUUGAAAUGGAUGAACUUGAUUCCCUUUUGGAUGAGACUAAAAGUUCUGAAUGCAUAUCUGCGACAAAUGAAAUAAAAUCAGAAGAUUUUAUAAAAACAGAACCUGAUGUCACCCCAAUUAUGAAAAGAGACAUGCACGAUGACUUUAAAAAUAUUGAAAAUGUAUCUGCAACUGAAAAAGUAAAGUUGGAAAAAGUAAAAAUGGAACCUGACGCGUUAUGAUUCUGGAUAAAAAUAUGCAUUUUUAGAUGAAGAAAAUAUUAAUAACAUUGAAAAUUUUGAAAAAUUCAACUGAUUUGUUUAUUUUUCAUAUGUAAACCUUCACAUUUUUAGGAUCUAUUGAAUAUAUUUAUUUGUGAUAUCUGCAAUAAAAGUUUUAUAAAAUU